AUAUUUGCUUGAAAAAAUAGAACGUUUACAGUAAGUCGAAUAUAUCUACAUUAACCUGAGUUUGAAACUUAUCUUGUAGAAUGAACUGAAACAUGUCAUCGACCAUGCGAACUAUCUUGAUUUCUUUCUUAUGUUUUAUAGUUGGUGUGGUUGAUGGUCAGGUUCACAUCAUACCUUUAACAUCUUCUGUACAUUGCUAUCAGUGUGAUGGACACCACCCGUUCCCAGGAUGUCUCAAUUCACCAACGUUUUGUGCCGCUGACGAGGUAUGUGCUAUUACAUAUGCCAGUGGGGAUCCAAUCAUCAGGUGCAUGACGCUACAUGACUGCCAGAAUGAUUUGGCUCACGUGACAGGACUGUGUGAUGGCGGUGGUUAUGAGAUACACCCAGGAGUAUGCCAACGUUGUUGUGACACCCCUGAUUGCCUGGCACAAAUCACUAACGUCUUGACUAACGAAUACAAUCGUGAUAUUUUCUGCCCUGGCCAGUGCUCAUCCUUAGACUUGGCAGCAUGCGUUCAUUCUCAAACACACUGUACUCACGGACAGUAUUGUGAAGUGACUGUUGAUGAUCAUCACAUUGUUCACGGAGCUUGUAAGGCAGUUCACGAGCUGCAGGUACUGUAACUAUAGGAAUCACAC